UCUCGCUUUAUUUGUUUCCUAUCGGAAGCAUGAAGUAGCAACCAAUCAGACAACGGACAGGAGACAGUUUUGUUUUUUAAUAACUCUAACUUCUGGUGGAUUUGUCGUUGGCCAAGAUGUCUCGCGGCUCUAUUGAGAUCCCUUUGCGGGACACGGAUGAGGUUAUCGAGCUUGACUUCGACCAGCUGCCAGAAGGAGAUGAGGUCAUCAGUAUCCUGAAGCAGGAGCAUACACAGCUGCACAUAUGGAUCGCUUUGGCGCUGGAGUACUACAAGCAGGGCAAAACAGAGGAUUUUGUCAAGCUUUUGGAGGCAGCUCGUAUCGAUGGAAACCUCGACUACAGAGAUCAUGAGAAAGACCAGAUGACCUGCCUGGACACGUUGGCAGCUUAUUAUGUCCAGCAAGCACGCAAAGAGAAAAACAAAGAUGCCAAGAAAGAGCUCAUCACGCAGGCCACGCUGCUGUAUACUAUGGCAGACAAGAUCAUCAUGUAUGAUCAGAACCAUUUGUUGGGAAGAGCCUGUUUCUGCCUGCUGGAAGGAGACAAGAUGGACCAAGCUGAUGCUCAGUUCCACUUUGUCCUCAACCAGUCCACCAAUAACAUCCCUGCUUUGCUUGGUAAGGCUUGUAUCUCCUUCAAUAAAAAGGAUUACAGAGGAGCACUGGCAUACUACAAAAAGGCUCUACGUACAAACCCCGGCUGUCCAGCGGAGGUACGGCUGGGGAUGGGUCACUGUUUCGUCAAGCUCAGCAAACUGGAGAAGGCUCGUUUGGCUUUCGGUCGAGCCUUAGAGCUCAAUUCAAAGUGCGUGGGAGCUCUUGUUGGCUUGGCUGUGCUUGAGCUCAACAGCAAGGAGGCCGACUCCAUUAAGAACGGAGUGCAGCUCCUGUCGCGGGCCUACACCAUCGACCCCAGCAACCCCAUGGUGCUCAACCACCUUGCUAACCACUUCUUCUUCAAAAAGGAUUACAGCAAAGUGCAGCAUCUGGCCCUCCAUGCGUUCCAUAACACAGAAGUUGAAGCCAUGCAGGCUGAAAGUUGCUACCAGUUGGCUCGCUCGUUUCACGUGCAGGAGGAUUACGACCAAGCGUUUCAGUACUAUUACCAGGCCACUCAGUUUGCCUCGUCCACCUUUGUGUUGCCCUUCUUUGGGUUGGGACAGAUGUACGUGUAUCGAAGAGACAAAGAAAAUGCAGCACAGUGCUUUGAGAAGGUUUUAAAGGCCUACCCUAACAACUAUGAAACUAUGAAAAUCCUGGGGUCUCUCUAUGCAACAUCCGACGAUCAGGAAAAGAGAGACAUCGCCAAAGGUCACUUGAAGAAGGUAACGGAGCAGUACCCAGAUGAUGUGGAGGCGUGGAUCGAGCUUGCCCAGAUCUUGGAGCAGACUGACAUCCAAGGAGCACUGUCCGCUUACGGCACAGCCACACGCAUCCUGCAGGAGAAGGUGCAGGCCGAUGUUCCCCCUGAGAUCCUCAACAACCUGGGGGCUCUUCACUUCAGACUGGGCAACCUGGGAGAGGCCAAGAAAUAUUUUCUGGCAUCUCUGGAGCGGGCCAAGGCUGAGGGAGAGCAUGACGAGCAUUACUAUAAUGCCAUUUCUGUCACCACCUCCUACAACCUGGCCCGUCUGUAUGAGGCCAUGUGUGAAUUCCACGAAGCCGAGAAACUCUACAAAAACAUCCUCCGAGAGCAUCCUAACUAUGUGGACUGUUAUUUGCGUCUUGGGGCGAUGGCUCGUGACAAAGGAAACUUCUACGAAGCCUCUGACUGGUUCAAAGAAGCCCUGCAGAUUAAUCAGGAUCACCCAGACGCCUGGUCGCUGAUAGGAAACCUUCACUUGGCCAAGCAGGAGUGGGGACCAGGCCAGAAGAAGUUUGAGCGUAUUCUGAAGCAGCCGUCGACACAGAACGACACCUACUCCAUGCUGGCUCUGGGCAACGUGUGGCUGCAGACGCUGCACCAGCCAACCAGAGACCGGGAAAAGGAAAAGAGACACCAGGAUCGAGCCCUCGCGAUUUACAAACAAGUCCUGCGAAAUGAUGCCAAGAACCUCUACGCUGCCAAUGGAAUCGGUGCCGUCCUUGCCCACAAAGGCUACUUCAGAGAGGCCCGUGAUGUGUUUGCGCAGGUGAGGGAGGCCACCGCAGACAUCAGUGACGUUUGGCUCAACCUGGCUCACAUCUAUGUCGAACAGAAGCAGUACAUCAGCGCUGUGCAGAUGUAUGAGAACUGCCUGAAGAAGUUUUACAAAUAUCAGAACACUGAGGUGCUGCUGUACCUUGCGAGGGCACUCUUUAAAUGUGGAAAACUCCAAGAUUGCAAGCAGAUGCUACUGAAGGCCCGUCACGUGGCGCCCAGCGACACGGUGCUGAUGUUCAAUGUGGCCCUGGUGCUUCAGAGACUGGCCACUCUUGUGCUGAAAGAUGAGAAGAGCAACUUGAAAGCUGUGCUCAGUGCUGUCAAAGAGCUGGAGCUGGCUCACAGGUAUUUCAGCUACCUCAGCAAAGCCGGAGACAAGAUGAGGUUUGACCUCGCUCUUGCUGCGUCUGAGGCGAGGCAGUGCUCUGACCUGCUGAGUCAGGCUCAGUACCAUGUGGCUAGAGCCAGAAAGCAGGAUGAGGAGGAGAAGGAGCUUCGGGCCAAACAGGAGCAGGAGAGGGACCUGCUGCGCCAGCAGAUGAAGAAAGAACAGGAGGACAAGCGGAGCAGAGUGGCAGAGGAACAGAAGAAGCUCCUCGAGCAGAGAGCUUUGUAUGUGGAGAAGACCAAGAAUCUGCUUACCUUCGCAGAAGGCUCGAAGGAAAUGUCCAAAGACAAGAAGAAGGGAGGCGGCGGUGGAGGACGUCGUAAGAAAGGUGACAUUGAUGAGUUUGUCAACGACGACUCUGAUGAGGACCUGCCACUGAGGAAAAAGAAGAAGAGAAAGGGUGUAAGCGACAGCGAGCAGGAGGACGGGGAGGACGGGAAGAAGAAGAAGAGGAGGAGACCUGCUAAAACAGGCGGAGAUGACGACAGUGAUGAUGAGGAAGGAGGAUCAUCCCGACCCAAGAAGCAGCGUAAACCCAAAGAACGCAAGAGGAUCGAAAAGCACCAGCCAGAGCGUUUGCCACCAUCUCUCAAAGGAAAGAUCAAGUCUAAGGCGAUAAUCUCCUCCUCUGAGUCAUCCUCCGAUGAGGACGGACUGAAAAUAGCUGAAGAUAGACACCAACGGGACAGCGGUUCGGGAUCUGAUGAGGGAGGCCACAGGAAGCGCAUUGCAUCUGACAGUGAUUCGGAUGGAGGAAGGAACCACUCCGGCAGCGAGGCGGGCAGCCCCCGGCGCUCUGUGGGCAGCCCUCAGCGCUCUGUGGGCAGCCCUCAGCGCUCUGCGGGGUCUGAGGACGACGACUCUGGCAGCGACCGCCCAGUGAAGAAGAGAAGGGUGCAGCGGCAGUCCGACUCGGAGCAGUCAGAUAACGAGAGCAAGAGGAGUCAAUCGGGAUCAGACAACGAGUCCCGACGCGGUUCACCUGUUGCGGCGUCAGACCGAGGAUCAGAAGUGGGAUCGGACAACGAGGGCUCCCCACGCCGCUCCGACAACGGCUCUGAACCUGGAGGCUCUAACAACGACGACGACAGCGAUUAAAUCUCAAGACUUUUUCUACGUAAAAACUCUCCACAUCUGCAUAAUUUCCUAUUAGAAGCAGCGAUUUCUGGCGAUAAAUGUAGUAAUUAGCUUAGAAAAGUGAAUUUUUGGGGGGGGCACAGCAGCCCAUUUGUUAUGUUUUACUGUAAAUGUCUGUUCACAGAUUUUGAGUUUUGUGGGAGAUAAAUCAAGAUGUUUGAAGUGAACUAAAAGGUGUAAACAUAUAUUUUCUAUCUCAGCCCAGACACGUGCCAGCAGUGUCAAAUAAAGAGGACAAAGAAUUGUG